CCAAAAUAGUGUGCCCGGGGAGCAGGAUGGGGGAUUUCGCAGCCCCCGCUGCUGCCGCGAAUGGCAGUAGUAUUUGCAUCAACAGUAGCCUGAACAGCAGCCUCGGCGGGGCCGGGAUCGGUGUGAAUAAUACUCCCAAUAGUACUCCCGCUGCUCCGAGUAGCAAUCACCCCGCUGCCGGCUGCGGCGGCGGCGGCGGCUCCGGGGGCCCCGGCGGCGGAUCGGCGGCCGUCCCCAAGCACAGCACGGUGGUGGAGCGGCUCCGCCAGCGCAUCGAGGGCUGCCGGCGGCACCACGUCAACUGCGAGAACAGGUACCAGCAGGCUCAGGUGGAGCAGCUGGAGCUGGAGCGCCGGGACACCGUGAGUCUUUACCAGCGGACCCUGGAGCAGAGGGCCAAGAAAUCGGGCGCCGGCACCGGCAAGCAACAGCACCAGAGCAAACCCCAGCAAGAUGCGGAGGCUGCCUCGGCAGAGCAGAGGAACCACACGCUGAUCAUGCUCCAAGAGACUGUGAAAAGGAAGUUGGAGGGAGCCCGAUCACCACUUAAUGGAGACCAGCAGAAUGGUGCUUGCGAUGGGAGUUUUUCUCCAACUAGCAAGCGAAUACGAAAGGACAUUCCCACAGGGAUGGAAGCCAUCAACAGUUUACCCAACAAUAUGCCGCUGCCUUCAGCUUCUCCUCUUCACCAACUUGACCUGAAGCCUUCUUUGCCCUUGCAGAAUAGUGGCACUCAUGCUCCCGGGCUUCUGGAAGAUCUGAGUAAGAAUGGGAGACUCCCAGAGCUUAAACUUCCCGUGAAUGGUUGCAGUGACCUGGAGGAGAGCUUUACCAUCUUGCAGAGCAAGGACCUCAAACAAGAACCACUAGAUGACCCUACUUGCAUAGACACAUCAGAAACAUCUCUUUCGAAUCAGAACAAGCUGUUCUCAGACAUUAACCUGAAUGAUCAGGAGUGGCAAGAAUUAAUAGAUGAACUGGCCAACACGGUUCCUGAAGAUGACAUACAGGACCUGUUCAACGAAGACUUUGAAGAGAAGAAGGAGCCAGAAUUCUCGCAGCCGGCCACGGAGACCCCCCUCUCCCAGGAGAGCGCCAGCGUGAAGAGCGAUCCGUCUCACUCUCCUUUUGCACACGUCUCCAUGGGCUCUCCCCAGGCCAGGCCUUCUUCUUCUGGCCCUCCCUUUUCUACUGUCUCCACGGCCACCAGCUUACCAUCUGUGGCCAGCACUCCCGCGGCCCCCAACCCCGCCAGCUCCCCAGCGAACUGUGCCGUCCAGUCCCCUCAAACCCCAAACCAAGCCCACACUCCAGGCCAGGCUCCACCUCGACCUGGAAACGGUUAUCUUCUUAAUCCGGCAGCGGCCGCCGCGGUGGCCGGUUCAGGGUCGGGCCCCGGGGCCGUGCCCAGCACCGACCUGUCGCCGGCGGAGCAGCUCAAGCAGAUGGCGGCACAGCAACAGCAAAGGGCCAAACUCAUGCAGCAGAAGCAGCAGCAACAGCAGCAGCAGCAGCAACACUCAAAUCAGACUUCAAGUUGGUCCCCUUUAGGGCCUCCCUCCAGUCCCUACGGAGCAGCUUUCACCGCGGAAAAACCAAAUAGCCCAAUGAUGUACCCCCAAGCCUUUAACAACCAAAAUCCUGUGGUGCCUCCAAUGGCCAACAACCUGCAGAAGACGACCCUGAAUAACUACCUCCCUCAGAAUCACAUGAAUAUGAUCAAUCAGCAGCCAAAUAACUUGGGUACAAACUCCUUAAACAAACAGCACAGUAUUCUUACUUAUGGCAACACGAAGCCUCUGACCCAUUUUAAUGCAGACUUGAGUCAGAGGAUGACGCCCCCGAUGGCCAAUCCCAGCAAAAACCCCCUGAUGCCCUACAUCCAGCAGCAGCCACCGCAGCCCCAGCCCCAGCAGCAGCCCCCACCGCAGCUCCAGGCUCCCAGGGCACACCUGAGUGAGGACCAGAAACGCAUGCUUCUCAUCAAGCAGAAGGGAGUGAUGAAUCAGCCCAUGGCUUACCCGGCACUUCCAUCCCACGGUCAGGAGCAGCACCCGGUCGGGCUUCCGCGGACCACGGGUCCCAUGCAGCCCUCCGUGCCCCCAGGCUCAGGCGGCGUAGUCUCCGGAGCUGGUCCCGCGGGGCCCGGCUUCCUGGGCAGCCCGCCCCAGGCGGCCCUCAUGAAGCAGAUGCUCAUGGAUCCGCGGGCCCAGCUGAUGGAGCAGCAGAAGCAGCAGUUCCUGCGGGAGCAGAGGCAGCAGCAGCAGCAGCAGCAGAUCCUGGCCGAGCAGCAGCUGCAGCAGCCACACCUACCCCGGCAGCACCUCCAGCAGCAGCGGAAUCCGUACCCAGUGCAGCAAGUCACCCAGUUUCAAGGGUCUCCCCAGGAUAUAGCAGCCGUGAGAAGCCAGGCAGCCCUCCAGAGCAUGCGAACGUCACGGUUAAUGGCACAGAACGCAAGCAUGAUGGGCAUGGGACCUUCCCAGAACGCAGGGACAAUGGCCGCAGCAGCAGCCCAGUCGGAGAUGGGACUGGCCCCUUAUAGCACCACCCCUACCAGCCAACCGGGAAUGUACAAUAUGAGCACAGGAAUGACCCAAAUGUUGCAGCACCCAAACCAAAGUGGCAUGAGUAUCACACACAGCCAAGCCCAGGGCCCGAGGCAGCCCGCCUCCGGGCAGGGGGUGGGGAUGGUGAGUGGUUUUGGUCCGAGCAUGCUGGUGAACUCGGCCAUUACCCAGCAGCACCAGCAGAUGAAGGGGCCGGGAGGCCAGGCCCUGCCCAGGCCCCAGGGCGCACCGAGGCUGCAGAGCAUCAUGGGCACCGUCCAGCAGGGAACACAGGGCUGGCAGCAGAGGAGCUUACAGGGGAUGCCUGGGAGGACUCGUGGAGAAUUAGCAUCCUUCAACAAUGGCGCCAGCUACCCACUGCAAGCUGGCCAGCCCAGGCUGACCAAGCAACACUUCCCACAGGGACUGAGCCAGGUGGUGGAUGCGAACCCUGGCGCGGUGAGAGCCCUCAACCCAGCUGCCGUGGGGCGGCAGAUGAUGCCGCCUCUCCCGGGGCAGCAGGGCACCAGCCAGGCCCGGCCCAUGGUCAUGUCCGGCCUGAGCCAGGGUGUUCCCGGCAUGCCAGCAUUCAGCCAGCCCCCAGCACAGCCGCAGAUGUCCAGUGGCAGCUUUGCCUCGAGCAGCCAGAGCCAGGGCUAUGAGCGGAACCCCCCUCAGGACAUGUCAUACAAUUACAGUGGCGACGCGGCUGGGGCGUCCUUCCCUGGCCUCUCGGACAGUGCUGACCUCGUGGACUCCAUCAUCAAAGGUGGGCCAGGGGACGAGUGGAUGCAGGAGCUUGACGAAUUGUUUGGAAACCCCUAGUCAGGAGGGGCCUCGGCAGCCACGACUCUAGUGGUUAAAGCGUCACCCGUGAAAAAAGAAACAGGAUGUUGCCUCAUCCUUGUUUUUUUGUUUUUUUGACCCACGUAAUCUGAGCAAAACUGCAGCCGGCUGACAGUGGAAGAUCCAGGUGCCAAGCCACAGCCCCGCAGGGCCUCAUUUCACCUGAUUUUCACGCAGCAAUCAAGACAGACGCCCUGUGGAUCCUGCUGCGAGAGAGGGAGACACACCAGAGGCAGGUGGGGAAGAUGACUCCGUAGCCCUCUGCUUGGCCCUCCCUGGGAUCACCCGGCCCGGCAAGAGCCGCUCCGGCCAAGACGGACUGCUGCCCGACGUGAGGCAGCCGUCAGCCCCUCCUGGCCCUGGCCCGGAGUCUGCAGCUUUGGAGACACAAAGGAGAGAGAGCCUGGGACUGAGAGUCCCACGGAGGCUGCUGGGUGGUUGCACAGACACGUCAGAAACGCGCUGAACUCCAACUGCAAAGAGAUGUCAGGCUUCAAGACAUGCUACUGGGUUUGGAGGGUAGGCGUGAAGAACAGUGAGAUGUCACAGGAAGACACAGGACCCUACAGGCCUGUCUCCUGCCCGUGAUGACCCUCAGGAAUGUUCGAGCUGUAGCCUCACAGGGUAAACUUGGAGAAGGGCCCUGGGCAGUCCUGGGCGAGCAGCCCUCUGCUGCUGGCCGUGGCGGCCAUCACUCCAGAGAGUUGGGCUGGAGCCUCCUGGGGGCCCAGUACGACCGCAUACAGCUUGGCAGUUCCCAUCUACUCCCGGAGGCCAAGGAUGGGGAGGCCCAGGCUGGACGUUGUGUGUCUGCCCGCGCGGCCUCCUUCCUCCCCGCUCCCUGCCCUCGUUCCCCCUCGCCUCCGCCCUGGCCUGCCCUUGCUGCUCCUUGCAGAGUAACCAAGAAGAAAUGAAGCUUUUGUCUUUAGGGAGCCUGGUCAGAGGCAAAAUAAACUGCAAGGAGAACUUAGACAAUGCCUGAAACGCAAAGGCAACACUGGAGUUUUCUUUCUCUGCCUGGAACUGAGCAGGCCACUGCUGCUCAGUGGGGGGUCUACAGGAGCCACAUCUAAUGCUUCUGGGACACCAGCGAGGACUGGCCUGGGUGUCGCCAGCUCUGGCUCCCUUUGGGAAAAUCCCAGGGGUGAUGCUCUAAGGUUGGCCUGGCCCUUCAACCCUACUCACAAGAAAGACAAAUCUCUAACCCUGAAGGCUGAGGAACUGAAAAAUCAAUUGCUCCACGUCACACGUUUUGAUGAUGAAAAGGAGGAAGGUAUGGUUCCUUUCUGUGGGCAGAGUGAUCCACUCCUGAAGUGCUGUACAGUCGUUCUCCUUGUAAUUCACUCAAAGCUGCCCUAACUGAAGUCUGUCGGAAGGGAGCCACAGCCUCUCCUGUCUUAAGGCUGGUCUCAUCCGUCGUUGUCUCCCCUCUCACUGUCCUGUUUGGGAAGCCACGUGGCGUGACCAUUGUCCUAAAUAGGAGUGGUGUGAGCUUUUCUCCUGCCACCCCCUCCCUCUGAGUCCAAAAGGCAGGCUCCCUCCUGCACACUCACACGUAACCCACCACACCAGAGCCCCGGCCCAGCCACGGGAGCCGGACGGGCUGCACUGGGGGCAGGUCCUGGAAAGGAAGGGGGUUCGAUUGAGGAACUGAGGCAGAGAGUGCAGACAGGCAGCAGGCAGGCAAACACUGCCCUUGACGUGCUCGCCAAGUACCAAGGGUAUAGCUGCACUCAGCCAGGGGCAGGAUGGAGACCAGAGGGGGCCAGGUGGGUCAUCCCUGGGAAGAGGCGGUGGCAGGCUGACCGUGAACUGCCUGGUGGGGAGGGACACUGCCAGGGAAGCUCUUGAGUGGAAACAGAUGAAAACCAAAAACAAAGAAAGCAAACAAACGAGGAGACACGGAAUAUAUAAUUACCUUUUUCUGAGAGGUACAGGAAAUAAAUAUAUAAGCAAUGAUGAGAAACUGGAGGUGGCUGAUGGAGGCGGAGAGGGGCUCCAUUCUCUUUUCAAAGCUUCCUCCAAAUACUCAGUACUGGGACCAACUACAUAGAGAGGUAGAUUUUAAUAAGGUGGUUUUGUUUUGUUUUUGUUUUUACUACGGUGCUGAUGUAUAUGUAAUGUCUAAAAAAAAAAGUUAUUUGUAAAUAAGUUUUUACAAUACUACAGAUAUCACUGGGUCUACUAUCUGUAAAAAAUAUACAUAUAAAUAUAUAUAUAUACUGUUUGUUUAAAAUAGAGUAUUUUUAUUUCAUUCCUUAAUUCAUCACCCCAGCAGUGGUAUUGCACUUCAGAUGACAUCGAAUUACUAAUUUGUACUGUAUGACCUAUGGCAACUUCCUCCAUUUUAUUCAGAUUUUUCUAGUUUUCUGUUUUUACUUUGUACACUGAACAUUGCUUAUUUCCUUUUAAGAAAUGUACAGAACUCUGAAAUGUAGAAAUGAAGUGAUGUUGACAUACCACUUUUAAAGAAAAAAAACAAAUAAAGAUCAU